AUGGGUCUAGCGAUUUCAUUAGUGUCCGCGCAUCCUGAAAAAGUAUGGUACCACAAGUGUCCAUCCCGCGGUCUGCACUGCAACAAUACGGCACUGGUCACACAACGUGGAUGUGCGAUUUGGUAUGACGAACCGAAGCUGUUGGAAGAUAUCGAAGAGCAUUUGGGUGUGACAAUCGCGCAGAUCGAUACCGACAUGGUGGUGCCAGUAGAUGAGUUCGACGGUAAGGUGGUGUAUGGCUCGAAACGCUCCACAAAAGGUGCAGUUUUCGAUCGUGUCGUAUCCGUUUGA